AUGCCGCACGCGACCAGUGGCGCGACCAACAGCGCCGCAACCAACGGUGCAUACAAGCGUGGAGCGAACGGCCACACCCAAGCACCCAUCGGUGUAAAGAGCAGCGCAAACGGGGAUCAGAAGACGGAUUACACAAGGUGGAGGCUCAGAGAUGACAGAGGGUGCCAGACAUGGCACUACCUGCACAGUGAGGACGAGGUCAAGGAGUGGCCCCAGAGCGCAGUGGACAGAUAUUUUCUGGGUAUGGAGACGGGGCUCCCGCACCUCCCAGCAGCAGCAGGAACACCGCUCGAGUCCGCCGCGAACGCACUUUCCUUCUUCUCGAACCUCCAACUACCGCCUGGAAAUUGGGCCUGUGAAUACAGCGGGCCCAUGUUCCUCCUCCCCGGUUUGGUCAUCACAUGGUAUGUCACCGAGACACCCAUCCUAGCCGAACGCGCAAUCGAGAUCAGGAACUACCUCUUCGCACGAGCACAUCCCGAAGAUGGCGGCUGGGGGUUACACGUUGAGGGCGAGAGCAGCGUGUUUGGUACUGCCAUGAACUACACCGUCUUGCGACUGCUAGGUGUGGAUCCAGAAGAUCCAAGAAUGCGGAAAGCGCGCAGCACGCUAUGGAAGCUGGGCGGAGCACUCAACGGGCCACACUGGUCGAAAUUCUGGCUAAGCGUGCUUGGUGUCACGGACUGGGACAUUGUCAACCCCGUUCCGCCAGAGCUGUGGCUACUGCCGGACUGGGUGCCUAUUGCGCCGUGGCGCUGGUGGAUCCACAUGCGACAGGUCUUCUUGCCCAUGUCGUAUGUCUACUCCCAGCGAUGGUCAUACCCACUAAACGACUUGACCCGCCAGCUGCGGUCAGAGCUACUGAUCCAGCCGUUCGAAACAAUCACGUUCAGCGCGCAUCGUAACAGCAUCUCUCCUGUGGACAACUAUCAUCCCAAGACUUGGAUCCUGAAGCUGUUGUUUUGGUUCCUUACGUCUGUCUGGGGCCCUUACCUGAGGCCUGCGUGGCUUGUAGAGCGCGCCGAGAAGCACGUAUGGUGGUUGAUUCAAGCCGAGGACAAGAAUACCGACUUUUCAAACCUUGGACCUGUCAACGGGCCUAUGAACACGUUAUGCGCAUACAUAAAAGAAGGGCCCGAAGGCUACGCUUUCAACGAGCAUCUCAAGACACUUCCCGAGUUUCUCUGGAUGAGAGACGAAGGCAUGCUCAUGAACGGGACCGAUGGCGCCCAAACCUGGGACACAGCUUUCACUGUUCUUGCCGCAGAAUCGUGUGGGUUCCUCUCUCAGAAGCAGUACCGACCUAUGUUCACCAAAGCUCUCGAGUUUCUUGAGGACCAGCAAAUGCUUGAAGAAUGCGAAGACCAACACGCCUGUUACCGCCAGCAGAGAAAAGGCGCCUGGGGCUUCAGCACACGCAAGCAAGGUUACGCUGUCAGUGACUGCACAUCUGAAGGUCUCAAGGCGACACUGAUCCUCCAAAACCAACACGAUUACCCCACCCUCAUCGAAGAGCGUAGACUCAAAGACGCAAUCGAUGUGCUUUUGACUAUGCAAAAUUCCUCCGGCGGCUGCGCGUCCUACGAGCCCACGCGUGGUUCCGAAAUGCUCGAACACCUCAACGCUGCAGAAGUCUUUGGCAAGAUCAUGGUAGAGUACGACUACGUCGAAUGCACAACAGCGGUCGUCACGGCACUGCAAAUGUUCCAGAAGCAUUAUCCUUCCUACCGCAGCACCGAGAUUGUCGCUUUCCGCGACCGAGCUGUCGAAUACAUCCGCUCUGCACAACGUCCCGACGGGUCUUGGUAUGGCGCCUGGGGCAUCUGUUUCACGUACGCUGCCAUGUUUGCACUCGAGUCGCUCAAGUGCGUUGGUGAAACGCAUGCGAAUUCUGAGCGAAUGCGGCGGGCGUGUCAGUUCUUCCUUGACCGCCAGAUGGAAGAUGGAGGGUGGGGCGAGACUUACAAGUCUUGUGAGACGGGCGAGUAUUGCCAGCAUGAGAAGAGCCAGGUUGUGCAGACGGCGUGGGUGGUGAUUGCAAUGCUGGAGGCUGGGUUUCCAGAUAAGGAGCCGUUGAGAAAGGCACUCAAGAUGAUUACCAGCAGGCAGCAGGCCAAUGGCGAGUGGAAGCAGGAGGCCAUUGAAGGCGUGUUCAACAAGUCUUGUAUGAUCUCCUACUCCAACUACAAGUUCAUCUUCCCGAUCAAGGCGCUGGGCAUGUAUGCUAAGCGCUUCGGCAACGAGCCGUUGUAA